AUAUUUUUUACAAUGGAAUACUGUAUAAUGAGUCUGAAAGUAGCCAUCAAAUUGAAAGCACAAGUAUUUAACAGACAAUUGGAUGAACCCAUGGAUUGUAUGGAAUAUUUCAUUACGUGUGAAAUACUUCGGGAAGUGUUAGAAUGUGUCCGAUAUUUGCAUGAAUUGAAACCACCGGUCAUUCAUCGCGACAUCAAACCCGACAACCUAUUGAUUGCUAAUAAUAUAAUACACGGACGGUUCAUAAAAUUAGGUGAUUUAGGAUUAAUUACAGUUCACAAAAUGGUAUCAAAGACACAAGAGAUAACUGUAAAAGAAACUAAAUGUGAAAUUAGUAAUAAUGAUGGAAUGGUAUCACAAAGUCAUACUAUUGGUGUGGGAACUCCUAAAUAUAUGGCACCCGAAGUCUAUUCAGAAAAUUAUAAUACAAAAUCAGAUGUCUAUAGUAUUGGUGUUAUGAUUGAAGAUUUAUUUGAAAUCGAUGUCUAUAAUUCACGUACUAAAUAUAUAUCACACGAAUGGAAUGAUAAAUAUUGUAAACUAUUGGAUAUAGCCAUACAAAUGAUGGAAACAUUAUCCGAUGAUAGACCUACAUGUGCCAACAUUAUUGAACAAUACACUGAUUGGGCUAUUAAUGGUGCAGUUGUUACUACAGAUACAAAGUUUAAACAAAAACUGGAAAAAUUAAGACUUAAUGAAUGGAAUAUCAGAUUAUAUGAUGUAUUUAAUGAACCAAAUUAUUGGCCAUUUUUUCAUACAUUUAUUAGAUAUAAAACACAGAAUUUAGUUAAAAAUUACAUAAAUAUUAAUCGAAAUAAUAUUGAUAAUAAUAAUUUAAAUGAUUGGUUUACAAUAAUUGAAAAGUUUUAUGUAUUUGACGAUCAAAUGGGUAUUAAUAUGUUGUUUGUUACACACGACGAUCGGGUCUAUGGAUUGGGUGCUAAUGCUUACGGAUCACUGGGUUUGGGACACAACCAGUAUGUGAGUCAACCACAAGAAAUUGAAGACCUGAGAGAUAAAAAGAUUAUAAAUAUUAUAAACGGAUAUUCAUUUGUAAUUUUUCAAAGUAGCGAUAAUUAUUUAUUUAUUUGUGGACAAACUGAAAAUAAUGUAUUUUCUCGACCAAUGAAAUGUAAAAUCAAUGAAAACAAUAAUUUUAUAUAUGAUGCGAGUUGUGGUUCAGACCACAUACUUGUGUUGACCCAUAAUAAUGAAGUGUAUGGUUGGGGUAACAAUCAAUUCGGACAAAUCGGUAGCCGAGACACUACUUGCGAAUUCAUAAAUAUAUUUGAAAAAACUGAAUUCAAUAAUAAAUAUUUUAUUUAUUCCAUCUAUUGCUCUGAUAUGUCAUCGUUUGCAUUGACAAGUGAUGGCCAAGUGUUUAGUUGGGGUCACAAUCGUAGGAAUAAAUUGGGUCUCAAUACUAACGAUAUGUGUAUAUGUCGACCAAAAUUAAUAUGUAAUUUAACUGGUAUUACAUCUAUACAAUCUGGUCGUGUAAAUACGUAUUUUAGUAAUGAAAAUGAUAAUAUUGUAUACUAUUGUGGCGAAUAUUUUAAUGAAAAUAAUGAAAUUCAAAUACAAGAAACACCAAAAUUUCUAGGAAAUUAUAAUGAAUUUAUUAAUAUUCAAUCAAUUAUAUCUCAUAAAUGGAAUUCGAUAAUUGUUUUAUGUUCAUUAAAUGAUAAGGCCAUCAAAUUGAAAGCACAAGUAUUUAACAGACAAUUGGGUGAACCCAUGGAUUGUAUGGAAUAUUACAUAACGUGUGAAAUACUGAGAGAAGUGUUAGAAUGUGUCCGAUAUUUGCAUGAAUUGAAUCCACCGGUCAUUCAUCGCGACCUCAAACCCGACAACAUAUUGAUAGCCAAUGAUAUCAGAAGCGGACAGUUCAUAAAAAUAGGUGAUUUAGGAUUAAUAAGAAAAAUAAUAUCAAAUGUGAGAAAUGAAACACAAAUAUCAAAACAAAUGAUGACAUCAAUGGAUGAAUGGAUUCAAAUGAUUGAUAAGUUUUAUGUAUUUGACGACUCAUUGGGUAUUAAUAUGUUAUUUGUCACACACGACGAUCGGGUCUAUGGAUUGGGUGCUAAUGCUUACGGAUCGCUGGGUUUCGGACACAACCAGUAUGUGAGUCAACCACAAGAGAUCAAAGAAAUGAGUCAUAAAAAGAUAAUUAAUUUUCUAAACGGCUAUGAAUUUGUAAUAUUUCAAAGUAGUGAUAGUAAUAAUUGUUUGUAUAGUUGUGGACAGUUAGGUAUCGGUAAUUCAAUCAAACAGAAAUUUUGUCGACCAAUAAAAAUACAAAUUACUGAAAACAAUCAUUUAAUAUCAGAUGUGAACUGUGGUUCAUAUCAUACGUUAGUGUUGACCCAAAAUAAUGAAUUGUAUGGUUGGGGUAGCAAUCGAUUCGGACAAAUCGGUAGCCGAGACACUGCUUGCGAUGAAAUCACUGAACCGGAAAAAAUUGAAUUAAAUGAUUCAAUGUAUUGUUUAAAAUCUGUUUACUGUUAUGACUAUUCAUCGUUUGUAUUGACAACCGAUGGACAAGUGUUUAGUUGGGUCAGAAUCGUAGCAAUAAAUUGGGUCACAAUGAAAAUGCUCUAUCAAUAUGUAAACCUAAAUUAA